GCAGUGUUCAAUGGAGGAAAUCACACCGGCAUCGUACCUGUUGAUCCCACCCAAGCUUUCAAAAAUACUCCCAAGGUCCUGUCCCAACGCUCUGGAGUUCCUCAUGUGGUUCGUGGGCGCUACAUGUUCCGAGUAGAUGAUGUUGUGCGACCUGCUGGCUGCAGUAAUAAGACAGGAGGAACUUGAGGAAGUCGUCUGGAUAGUGUUGUUGUUGUUGCAUUCCUUGAUGUGGAUGGUAGUGCUGUAGUUGCAGCGCUGACGGUGUGA